GAAAAUAGAAGGAAUUAGUGGCUGAAGGCUGGUGUGUUAUUGUUUCAUGGAACCACGAGCCACGUGAAACGGAGAGUUGCUGAAAACGGUGCAGAUUGGCUGGUUGGUUCGCGUUAAAUGGCAACUUUCUUACAGAGUUUAGACCAUGAAGUGAGGAAAAAAGGCAGAAUUUUGUUUGGUUCUGAUAGACAGAAAGCUUCGAGCUUCGUCAAGAUGGGAGCAGAAAAUAAAAGGAUGCCACUACACAGGCAGCAACACAGGAUAAAACGGUCCCCACCGAUUUCGUCAAUGACGAUAAUGGCCUCCAUAAUCCUUGGAAUGAUUCUUGGAGUGGCCACUGCCAGUGCUGACGUGGCCGAAAACGACUUCAGAUACAUUUCUUAUCACGAUUUGCUACCAACGUCGGAUCGGUUCACCGAUGUCAACGUUACGUCAUUUUCGCGGCUGCUGUUCGACGUCGCACGGGACCAGGUCAUCGUCGGUGCAAGGGACAAUCUGUACCGCCUGUCGCUGCACCUGGACGUGCGGGAGCGGUCCACGUGGGAGGUCACGCCGGCGAUGCGCACCAUGUGCCAGGACAAGGGCCAGUCGGAGGAGUCGUGCCGCAACUACAUCAUGGUGCUGGAGGCGCACGGCAAUCGGGUGUACGCGUGCGGAACGUACGCCUUCAGUCCGGCCUGCUCGUGGCGCCAGAUGGAGAACCUGACGGUGACCCGGUACGACAAGGGCGUCGCCAAGUGCCCGUUCAGCCCGGCGGCCAACAAUACGGCGCUGAUGUCCGACAGCGGGCGGUUGUUUGUGGGCACGACGACGGACUUUUCCGGCUCGGAUCCGGCCAUCAUUCGGGCGGAUGUGAGUCAGGAGAGUGCCCGGAUGCUGAGGACGAACCAGUACAACUCCAAGUGGCUGAAUGAUCCGCAGUUUGUGGGGAGCUUUGAGAAGGGAGAGUUUGUGUACUUUUUGUUUCGGGAGGCGGCCGUGGAGUACAUCAACUGCGGGAAGAUCGUGUACUCGAGGAUUGCGAGGAUCUGUAAGAACGAUCCGGGCGGGACGCAGAUCUUGAAGGAUAACUGGACGUCGUUCGUGAAGGCACGGUUGAACUGUUCGCUGCCGGGGGAUUAUCCGUUUUACUUCAACGAGAUUCAGGGGAUGGUGUACUCGCAGGAGGAGGGAGUGCUGUACGCGACCUUUACGACGCCGGAAAACAGCAUCCACGGCUCGGCGAUCUGCGCGUACAACAUGUCCGCCAUCCACGCGGCCUUCUCCGGGGCGUUCAAAUACCAGGACUCUCUGGGUUCCGCCUGGCAUCGCCAGGACGCCCAACACCGCGAUCAUUACGAGUGCAACGCAGGGCCAACGGCUCGCCACGUUUCGCUGCUGGACUCGUCCAAGUACCAGCUGAUGGACCAGGCGGUGCAGCCGAUAACCGGUCAACCGCUGCACCACACCCAGCUUGAGCGGUUCGGGCAUGUGGCGAUUGACGUUAUUCCGACGAAGCUGCACGAGCGGGUUCACGUGAUUUACGUGGCUACGGACGCGGGGUUGAUUAAGAAGAUCUCGGUGCUGCCGCGGACGAAGAGUACGUGCGUGGUGGAGAUUUGGCGACCGGAGUUAUCGCGGGAGUCGAGGAUCCGGACGAUUCAGUAUGUUAAGGAGACGGAUUCGCUGUAUGUGGGGACGGACACGGCGUUGAGUCGGAUAUCUUCGCAGCACUGCAAUCGGCACUUGUCCAGGGUGAGCUGUUUGAACUCGAUGGAUCCUUAUUGUGGGUGGAACGAGCUGCAGGAGGCUUGUACGAUCGCGCCGAACGGGGACACGUUGGCAAAGUACUGGAUCCAGAACGCUACCGAGUGUCCGGUGUUGACGGCGCCGGUGGAUGGGGGUUGGUCAGCUUGGUCCGAGUGGGGACGCUGCGCUCAGGCUAGUGGAGGGCAAGCGCUGGGAGUGGGGGAUGAUUUUGGUGCCAACAUGGACUCGUGCCAGUGCAGGACACGAACCUGCGACAAUCCGUCGCCGAAGAAUGGUGGUAGGUCGUGCACUGGGAUGAACAUCGCCGUUACGAACUGUACCGUGCACGGCGGUUGGACCGACUGGAGCGCUUGGUCGGCCUGCUCGCAGACUUGCGGAAUGGCCGUCAAGACUAGGAGGAGAACUUGUGGGAAUCCGAAACCAGCGCAUGGAGGUCGGGUUUGCGUGGGUCCGGAUCGUGCUGAGAUCUACUGCUCACAUCUUCCACCCUGUCCAGCCCCGAAGCAACCUCCGAUCGACGGAGCUUGGGGCCCGUGGGGUGUCUGGGGAGAGUGCAGCGCCCUCUGUGGAGGGGGCUACCGAAUCCGGCGCCGCAAAUGUGACGAUCCCGUCCCACAAAAUGGCGGCAUGGAGUGCCCCGGCUGUCACCUGGACUACGAAGUUUGCAACACUCACGCCUGUCCGGACGUGAAGCGGGCCGGCGCUUGGACGCCCUGGCUCACAGUCUCCAACGGAACGCUCCCCAACGGAGGCUACAUCGAGAAGCGGUUCCGGUUCACGUGCAAAGCCCCGAUCGCGGACUCUGCCCUGCUCAAAAUAAGCCCCAAGGAGGAAACCCGCGUCUGCCUGCCGGACGGAUCCUGUCAGCGAUCCAGCGAUUCGGCCCACUCGGGAAGUGGCGCGGGAACCGAAAGCGAGGACGGCUGGAGCGAGUGGGGCUCGUGGAGCAGCUGCAGUGCCUCGUGCGGCGGUGGCCAACAGUACCGGGUGCGAACCUGCGACAAGAGCGACUGCGAGGGAGCCAACAAAAUGGCGCGCGCUUGCAAUACACAGCCCUGCAAAGGUGAAUGGGGCUGCUGGAGCGAUUGGUCACCGUGCUCGGUGACAUGCGGACUUGGAACGCGAACCCGCUCGCGCCAGUGCCUUUCGAUGUCGGGCAACGUGAUCUUCGGGAACGAUUGCGAGGGCCAGAGCACGCAGUACGAUACGUGCGAGAUGCCGAGUUGUGAUUCAUUCUUGGGCUGGGGCGAGUGGACCGAGUGGUCGCCGUGCAACACCGAUGGCGAGAAGGUGCGGACGCGCCAGUGUCUGAUUCCGACGCCGGACCAGAAGAUGUGCCAGGGCAGCGAUCGCGAGCUUCGCAAGUGCCAAGUGGAAAUGAGUAAUGAAAUUCCUCACGCCCUGACGGCCGGUGCCUCGUCGGUCACAACCAUCGUCAUCAGUGUCUUGCUCGUCGUUAUUGGCUGCUGCACGGCCAGCGUCUUCGCGACCAUGCACAUGAUGAAGAAGAAAGCCAAGGGAAUCAAGGCGAUCCAAGGUUCGCCGUGUUACGGAUCUUACCCCAACCAGUACUCGUCACUGCCCACCAAGGAUUACACCGACAGCCAAAAGCCCAAACGACAGUCCUCCUUCAACGGGCGCAACGACGCCGGCGGCUCCAAGCUGCUCGCGAACGGCCACACCACGCUGACCAAGUCGAACAACGUGAACGGUGCCGUCGGCAACAACACGCCCAAGGUGCUGGCCAAGUCGUUCAACGACACCGACACCGCCACCAUCAAGCGGAACUCGCACGGCCUCAACAACAUCCGGCACGCGCGCCAACUCGAGAUGGAGGAGGAAAAGUACUGACCCGAGGCCGGGGCCGGUUCCGACGGUGAAGGUGUCGAACCAGCUUGCAUGCAAUCUUGCGUAGUAGAAUCAGUGUAAAAUUUCUUGUUGAUUUUGUGGAAUGUUCUCGUUGUUUUAAAACUCGUUUUGCAUGUUUAAACAUUUUUUUUCGAAUUUAAAGUCAAAUUCAGUGUUCAAAAAUUGUGAUCUCAACUGCCACAGAGAGAAAAAGAAGGAAGAAAUUCGUGAAAUUUCGAGCGUUUUGAAAUUCCCUCACGAAGCAACGAACUUGCGUGCAAGUUGCAAUUGAAUUCGGGUGUGCAUUGGAAACGAACUCCGCGAACACACCUUUACUGUACAUAACCUCAAAAAAAAACAAUCUGAACGAAGAAAAAACAAGAUAGAACAAUUUCGAGAUGAUUCAAUUAGAGCAAGGCUGAUUUUAGUGUUUAAAAGUGAAUUUUAACAAUAAUUGCUUCUAAUUGCGCGCGAACUUAACCGAGGGGCUACACAUGUUUAACCAAAUCAGUUGCUUUUCAGCAAAACAUUUUACACACAACAAACAAGCAUUACUUACUCAUUUCAUUAAUCAUGUUCACAACUUUAAAAAUUAAAUAAAAAGCAAAGAAUGAGUGGUGAAGCUAAUAAAGCUCGUGCAAAUAAGAAGAAGAAGAAGCUAAUCAUUAAUUCAAGAAUAGUGCGUUAAAUCCAAAUCUGUGCCAUUAGGGGUUAGAGGAGCGAGCGAGAUCGGAAUUUAAGAAGCAAUUUUAGAGACAGUUUACAAAACAAAAACAAGCAAUUGGAAUAAAUUUUAUAGAAUUUUAAGCGAAGUGAGCAAAGUUAAAAAGCAUUGUGGGAUUUCAAACCUCUCUGCGGUGAGCACGUAGCUCAAAUUGAGCGCAAAUUUUAACAAUCGGUUUAGUAUUUUAGGGGGCUGAAGCAAGGAAGUUUCCGCGAUUUUUAGGUGAUAAGACAAAACAAAACAAAAAUAGCAAGACUUGAAAGAAAAGACAUUUUUAUUAGAGAAUAAUCUAUACAAUAAUGAGAAAAAUUUAUUAGAAAUAAAAAGGAAAUGAAAUGCAUAAAAAAA